AUGGAUUUGACAGCAACUGAUCCAUAUUUCGCUGUGCCGGCACUAUCAGCCGCUGUUAUUGUUGGAACACUUUACAUGGGCUACGAUCCAACCGGUGCCGCUUCUGCUAAUAAAUAUGUGAAAGCUUUCAAAUAUAUUGGUAUACCUGCUGUUGUAUUUUUCUUUAGCACACGAGUUCCUGCUGUAAGGUUUUCCAGUAGUUUUAAUAUCAUUUUUUGUUCAAAAAAAAAUCUGAUAAGCCAAAUAAAGAAAAUUUCAGAUAUGUUUUUUAAUGAAGUAGAUUUAUUCUUUUAUCAAAACCAUCAAUAA